AUGGUGGAAUUGUUCAAAGAAGAUGCUGAGGCUCCUCUGUGCUUCCAGAGUUCUUUUGCUCUGGCUUCUCACACUUGGGUUAGUAAGAAUUUGAGCCGCUCCUAUCCCACAAGCGAAGCUGGAAUUUAUGAUGCCAUCCUCUUGUCCAAGCAGUCUAUGAACAUGGAUGAGAAUUUGCUUGCUGUUGCUCUCUGCUUUUGGAAUUCUGCCAGCAACACUUUAGACUUCCGUGUGGAUCCAAUGACUCCAACUUUUCUGGGUAUGGGUCAGAUCUUUGGGUUUAGACCUCAUGGGAGGCAUGCUAAUGCAGUUGGUGACUAUCACAGAGGGAAGAAUUAUAAGAAGCUGGCGAAGAAGUUCACUAUCUCUCCUGCCAUGAUCAACCAUAACUGCUUCUUCUCCAACUACCUGAAGAGAUUCAGUGUUGAGAGGGAUAGGGAUCAACAACACAUGUUGUUUCAAACUCUGCAUAAUCAUACUGAUGUGGGGCUUGGUCCUACAGUUCUAGCUUACUUGUACGAGAACCUUCAUAGCACUACUUUGGAGAACCCCCUGAAUAUCUCUGCUCCGGGUCCAUUCUGGAUGAUUCAGAUCUGA